AUGUCUUCCUCCAAAGCCACUGAAAUGCCCGAAAAGGCCCAAGACCUCCCCCCAUCAUUCCAAGAAACAAUGGCCUCAUCACCACCCAUUUUCAAAACCCAAUUCGCCUGCAUGACCUUCAACAUGUUUGAUCGCAUCCGUCUUAUAAACUUCACAGAAGCAGAAGUAGCAGGCAUCAAAGAAGUCGUGGCAGAGCGGUGGUCACCUGGUCUUUCACAUGUGCAACCCUACGGGGAGUCGAUGGAAUUCAGGCUUCGCGGAAGACCUUGGUUGCAUAGAUCUGGUGGGAAUGAUGAUUCGAGGAGGUUGAUGCUGAGAAUUCUGGAGAAGUUGUUUGGUAUGGGUUGGGUGUUGCAGGGAGCUAUGGAGAUUACGCUCAAGUCAGAGAGCAAAGAUUCCCUGAUCUUUCGAAAACAAGAUCCUAUCCCACCGCCUUGUGACUGGAUCUGCGUAUCCUUUGACAACAGCGAUAAACUGAAGAUCGUAGACUCACCGCCCAAAGACCUCACAGAUGCAAUACUUCAAACAUUUGAUGCAUCUCGCAAACAUGCCGUGGAAUCCUUCAGGGACAGAUACUGUGAAGACGAGGCUUAUACUGCUAAAAUUGAUCGAGACAUUGGAGAGAUGUGGCUUCACGAUUUAUGCUACGAUUGGGUCAAAGGGAGAGGAUGA